GUAAAUUAAAAUAAAAAACAUGUUGAAAAAAAUUAUAGAGAAAAGUGGUUUUUUAAAACCUUUGACUGUUCAAAGUUUAGUGUUAAGGUUACAAAGUGAAAGUUCACAAGAAUUGGCUCCAGAAAGGUUACCAUACAGUAACAGACGGAGAGAACUCGACUACUCAUUCGAGGAAACUGCGCUCCAGGCUGUCGUCCCACAAAUUAAAGAAGAGAUUUUGGAUGAUCAGCUAGAAGACCAUAUUAACGUACCCCACCUUAGACAAAGAUAUUCGAAAUUACUGGAUAAGACAACUUUCGAUUUAACUAAUCCAUAUCUUUCGUGUGGCCUUGCUUCAGUACACUCUUAUCUGCAACUUGAAAAAUUUGGAAAUGUAACACCGGGACAGUUGAAGCUUUCGUGCAUUUUGGGCUGGUGCUAUAGAUUGCAAAUAUCUUCCAUGAUCGUUUACGACGAUAUUUUGGAUGACCAGAAGGUUAGAUACAACGCAGAACCAUGGCACAAGCAAGUAGGAACUAAAGAGGCCAUCCUAGACACCCUCUUUUUAAAAUCAAGUGCGUCCUCUCUUUUCCGCCGAUAUUUUGAGUCACAUCCACAGUUUCUAAAUAUGUUAAAAAUGUUUAACAAAUGCUAUGGGACUUGCACAAUAGGACAGUUGUUAGAAAUUCAAACUUACGAUUUAGAAGACUUUAAAACAUAUGAUGCCCUCGUUAAGUGCUUUCCUGUGACGUUAUAUCCAGUUAGAACAGCAAUGUAUCUAGCGAAUAUUGUAGAUCCAAAGCUGCAUUUUGCUGUAGAACAGUUUUGUAGGGAUUUAGCAAGAUUUAUAAAAGUUGAGGACGAUAUGUGGGGUGCAUAUGAACCAAUCACUAAAACUGAAAAAGAUUGCCCAGAUAUAUCCGCAGGUAGAGUAACAUGGUUAGGACAACAAGUUGCCAAAUACGGCAAACCAAGUCAAAAGCGAAUAUUUUCUGAAAACUAUGGAAAAAAUGAAACGACUGCUUUGAGAAAGAUUCAAAAUAUUUACGAAGACAUGCAGAUAUACGAAAGCUACAAGAAAUAUGAGGAGAAAUUUUAUAAUGAAAUGUGUGAAAGUAUAGAAAAAUUACCAAAAGAAUUGCCAAGACAAUUGUUUGUAGAUUUAUUAGAUUUUGCUCUAGUGAAAAAAUUCCGUGGAUAAUUAAGUAAUUAUUAUAUUUAUUUAUUUAUAUUUUAUA